GGCCCCGGUGACCUGUCCGAGCCCCUGUCCUUGCCCCUGGAUGCCAUCGCAGGCCACCCAGAAAGCUUGGCUGUAACUUGAGUCUGCUAGGCUGGGGGUGAUGGGGCGGUGUGGGGGUGACAGGCAGGCAGAACACUUGCCCACACGCUGGCCGCAGCUGCUUGACCCUGGCACCCUGGAGGCCGUGGUCCUCACCAUGGGCAGCAAGCAGACGGUGUUCACGCGUGAGCAACUCGAGGAGUAUCAGGACUGCACAUUCUUCACCAGGAAGGAGAUAAUGAGGCUCUUCUACCGUUACCAGGACCUGGCGCCCCAGCUCGUGCCCCUGGACUACACCGGCUGCCCAGCUGUGAAGGUGCCCUACGAGCUCAUCGGCAGCAUGCCAGAGCUGAAGGACAACCCUUUCCGCCAGCGCAUCGCCCAGGUCUUCUCCGAUGACGGCGACGGCCACAUGACGCUAGACAACUUUCUGGACAUGUUUUCCGUGAUGAGUGAGAUGGCCCCGCGAGACCUGAAGGCCUACUACGCUUUCAAAAUUUAUGACUUUAAUAAUGAUGACUACAUCUGCGCCUGGGACCUGGAGCAGACGGUGACUCGGCUGACCCGGGGCGAGCUGAGUGCUGAGGAGGUCAGCCUGGUGUGUGAGAAGGUGCUGGAUGAGGCGGACAGCGACCACGAUGGGCGGCUGUCCCUGGAGGACUUCCGGAACAUGAUCCUGCGGGCCCCCGACUUCCUCAGCACCUUCCACAUCCGCAUCUGAGGAGGGUGUCCCCAGGAGGAGCUGCAGCAGGGCUGCCAUGGGAAUAAAGAGUCACUAAGUCACACCUGCUGUCCCUCCUUCCCAGGUCCAUCUUUGGUCUAGAGGCUGGGUGGCAGGAGGUUCUGUGUCCACGGUACCCUGCUGUUUGCCUGGGGUGGCGGCCCCCUCUGGGCCACAUUCAUGGCUUGCACGGAUGUCUGCGUCAGCUUCUGGAUCGCUGUCCUCGCAAAGGUGGCAGUGCCACCUGUGUGUCUGUGGGGCAAUGGCAGGUGGGUGUGUACCCA